AUGUCAAUUGCGAUGCGAUAUUUAGUAUCAGGGGCUGGACUGUGUCGAAUAGCACGGACCAGCUCCUGUCGUGUCAUGACAACGAUUACGGACGCCAGAACCCCUGGAACAAGACUUCAGCAACGCCAUCUCAUGUUUACUAGGUUAUAUGCUACUGAUCCAAAACUUGAGCAAAAGAAGGGAACAGCCGAGAAGAGUGGAACUGCUACUUCAGCUGAUAACUCGGAUGGGGUAGUCGAGUCUAAUGAAACAAAAGCUGAUAAAGCUGCGGAGAAAGAUGUCGAUCAAGCCCCUGUCUCUGACGAUGUCGCAGGUGGUGCGACCAAUUCUCGGCCUACAACUUCUUCAGGCUCUCCUAUUCCUGAUCCCACGGCACCUGAAGAUAUUACAAAUCCACUGGCCACCGUAAAGGUGUCACCAGGUAGUCCUGAUACCAACGAGAAUCCUACAAAAGCCACUGGUGAAACCACAAAGGCUGUAGAGAGUGGUAUUGCCGGAGUAGCACCUGCUACCGAUGCAAAUAGCGAUGAUGGAUCUGAUUCUGUCAAAGCCGAACCAUUAACGGAGGAUCAAGAAAAUCCUGAACAAACUACUGGUGUAAUUGAAAAAGACUCUCACCAAGGAAUUAUCUAUUACGACAGAAUGUACCCUUCAAUUACAAGGCUGGUCUAUGUAAGAAAGUUCCUAAUUCAGUUCACCUACCUCGGAAAUAAAACUAAAUUGGCUGAUACAAUUAAAAAGAUAUCAUUCCCAGAAGAUUUGCCUUUGGAAAUUAUCAACCUGAUCCCUCGUGAGAGAGACGGCGGUGUAUUUGUUACAUAUCAAAUCGACAAAUCCAGCGUUGAUGUCAAGACUGCUGAAAAGGCUAUCUACGAAAAGCUUGAAAAGGCCAAGUAUACUCCCUGGUUUGCACCAUUUACCCCAGUUCGUGGAUUUCCUGUCAAGGGUUCGCCUUGGAUUGAAGACUUAAGAAGAUUCACUUCUAAUCAAUUGAAGGCUACUUUCGAGGGACCAGAUUUAAGCCAGGAGACCUUGUACUCACUGCUUAGAAGAUAUGGUCCUAUAAUUGAUAUUGUUCCUCCCGCUCCUGGUACGAAAGACCUGCCAAGAUCAGCCAAAGUAAUCUUCUCCAAAUACAUCGAUGCUGCCACGGCUCGUAACUGUAUAACGGGUAUCAAGGUGGAUGACACUAGACUCCAUAUUUCGUUUGAAUCGGUUGACCACAAGAACAUUGUCAAAGACUUUGUCCUUAAUCACACUCGAAUUGUCGUUCCUAUUCUGAUUGCAAUUGUAGCUGGUUUGGCUGUGAUGAUUUUCGAACCCAUCCGAGUCUGGUGCAUUGAACGCCAUAUUCAUGGCUCGUCUCUGCAGUUAGAAAAGCUUCGAGGUGUUUUCGGAUUCGACAAGUUAUUUGCUUUAUGGGAUUUCAUUGCUAGCGGUGGUCGGAGGAGAUUCUCACUUUUCAAGCGUACGCCAACUGAUACUGGUGUGUCGCAUUUGUGGGACGACAGGGUCAAGAGCAUUGAGGAUCUUAAGCAAUGGCUUCGUGAGGGUCAAUGUACAUUUAUAGUUGUCUCAGGUCCAAGAGGAGGUGGAAAAGAACAACUUGUACUUGAACACGCAGUUAAAGAUCAUGACAAUGUACUAACGAUUGACUGUGAUAACUUGGUUAGAGUUCGUGGAGACUCGGCAUUCGUAAAAGCUGCAGCAAAUGAAAUCUGUUAUCAUCCAGUAUUUCCUUGGAAGAAUAGUCUUGCAAAUUACUUGGACGUAAUCUCACAGGGUCUCAGUGGACAGAAAACAGGUUUUGCAGAGUCAACAGAAGCACAAUUCAAAGAUAUGCUGAGCAGUGCAGCCAUUGCCCUUCAGAAGGUAGCCCUUCAUGACCACGAUCCUAAUAUGGAUUCUGCGGAAAAUUACCUUCAAAUCCAUCCUGAAAAAAAGCCGGUGGUUGUAAUCAACCAUUUCUUGAGUAGAUACGAGGCCACCAAUCCAUUCGUGUAUAAGCUCAUAGCCGACUGGUGUGCUCAGCUUAUCCGCGCUAACGUCGCACACGUCAUUUUCAUUACUAGUGAUGUCAGCUACGAAAAGGUUUUGUCACCAGCUCUUCCAAAUCAAGUAUUCAAAUCGCUAUUUGUGGGAGACGCGAGUGCCGAUUCAGCAAGAAGCUUUGUGCUACGACAGAUUGAGGUCGCCAACAAGGAUAACAGCAAAGAUGACGAGAACAGCGACACACAAGAAAAGGAUGGAAAGGAGAAACAACAGAAAGUGACGAUUAAUGAGAUUCAAGAGCUAGACGAAGCAUUGGAACCAUUAGGUGGAAGACUGACAGACCUGCAAGCUUUUGCGCGACGUUUGAAGACUGGUGACACUCCAGACGUGGCUCUGAGAGAUAUGAUUAACCAAAGUGCAACUGAAGUUCUCCAAAUGUAUCUCAACAAAGAGUCAUCCGAAUGGACAAGUGAACAAGUGUGGGUCCUGAUUAAGAAGUUUGCUGAAUACGAAGAUGAGGUGCCUCUAGGAGUGCUUAGACAGGACCCCUGCUUCAAGACUGCUGAUAAUUUAAAGGCAAUUUCAGCUCUCGAACAUAAUGAAAUGAUCUCGGCUCACACAGUAGGUGGACGUAUUGUAUCUCUACGACCGGGAAAACCUCUCUAUACAGCGGCAUUCCAGUUGCUGGCAAAAGAUAAAUCACUUGAGGCCUUGAUGGAAACCAAUAUUCUGAACACAGCGGUUAGCAAAGAAGAGAGUAAUAUCAACAAGUAUGAAACGGAGCUGGCCCUGUUGUCUAAGCUGCCUAGUCGGUGGGAGAUCAAGGGCAGAGUCAACUAUCUCUCUGCUAAACUCCUUAUCAGCCAAAAGAACAUUGAAGAUUUCGAGAAGAAACUGGCGGCAUUCAAGGGUGUCAUUGUGCAAGAGAGAUCAAAAAAUUGA